CAUCAUGCUGGCUGAAGGAUGCUGCGUCCGCCAGUGCUCUCUCUCCUGCCCUCGUACGGGACGCGUCUGUCCAGUCCUCUGCAGCUGAGCGCUCCGCAAGAGGAGGAAGAACAACAGCAACAGGAGGAAGAGGAAGAGGAAGAAGAAGGGGGCUCGGGUCAAAGCACGGGGGUACGGGACACCCCCAUGCGUCACCCUCCGAGACCCUACCUGCUGGAGGGUCCAGAGGACAUGGGGGUCUCUGUCGGGGGACUCAAGUCCCCGGACUGGCUCUAUGAGUCGUACUACCGCAUGAGCCAGCAGCAUCCCCUCAUCGUGUUCCUGCUUCUCAUCGUCAUGGGAGCGUGUCUGGCUCUGCUUGCCGUGUUCUUCGCCUCUGGACUGGACAUGGAGGACCACGUGGCCUUCCUCAUUACUGUCCCCACAACACUGGCCAUCUUCCUCACCAUCUUCAUCCUCGUCUGUAUUGAGUCUGUCUUCAAAAAGCUGCUGCGUCUCUUCUCCCUGCUCAUCUGGGGCUGUCUGGUUGCCAUGGGAUACCUCUUCAUGUUCUUUGGUGGCAUCAUCUGCCCGUGGGACCAGGUGUCUUUCUUCCUGUUCAUUGUGCUUGUGGUGUACACCAUGCUGCCCUUCUCCAUGCGAGAUGCUGUCAUUGCCAGUAUUCUGACCUCCUCUUCCCACACUCUAGUGCUAAGUAUCUGCCUGUCAUCUACCAUGGAAGAGCUGGAGCCUCUAGCCUGGCAGAUCUUGGCCAAUAUUAUCAUCUUUAUCUGCGGGAACAUGGCCGGAGCUUAUCAUAAACACCUGAUGGACCUCGCGUUGAAACAGACUUACCAGGACACCUGCAACUGCAUUAAGUCUCCUAUAAAGCUGGAGUUUGAGAAGCAGCAGCAGGAGCGGCUCUUGCUCUCCUUGCUCCCUGCCCACAUUGCCAGAGUGAUGAAGGCGGAGAUCAUUCAGAGGCUGAAGGGUCCAAACUUCGGCCAGGCCGAGAACACCAACAACUUCCACAACCUCUAUGUACAAAGACACACUAACGUCAGUAUUCUUUAUGCGGAUAUUGUUGGGUUUACCCGGCUGGCCAGUGACUGCUCUCCAGGAGAACUUGUUCACAUGCUUAAUGAGCUCUUUGGAAAAUUUGACCAGAUAGCAAAGGACAAUGAAUGUAUGAGGAUUAAGAUCCUGGGUGACUGUUACUACUGUGUCUCGGGGCUGCCGGAAUCCUUACCCAAUCACGCCAAAAACUGUGUGAAGAUGGGCCUGGAUAUGUGUGAGGCCAUCAAGAAGGUGAGGGAUGCAACUGGAGUUGACAUUAACAUGCGUGUUGGAGUGCAUUCUGGGAAUGUGCUUUGCGGUGUCAUUGGCCUCCAAAAAUGGCAAUACGACGUUUGGUCUCACGACGUCACGUUAGCCAAUCACAUGGAAGCUGGAGGUGUGCCUGGCCGUGUCCAUAUCUCCUCUGUAACACUGAACCAUCUGAAGGGGGCGUACAAAGUGGAGGAGGGGUAUGGACAGGAAAGGGACCCUUACCUAAAAGAACAUGGUGUUGUCACCUACCUGGUCAUCAACCCUAAGGCUGAGAGGCGGAGCCCCCAGCUACAGUGCCGGCCGCGUCCCACCAUGGAUGGGGCCAAGAUGAGGGCAUCGGUCCGAAUGACUCAGUACCUGGAGUCCUGGGGUGCAGCCAAACCCUUCGCCAACCUCCACCAUCGAGACAGCAUGACGAAUGAGAAUGGCAAAAUUAACACCCAUGAUGUUCCACUGGGGCAGUACCAUUUUCCAAGAAGAUCAGAAAGAACAAAAUCACAGAAGAAGAGAUUUGAAGAGGAGCUGAAUGAAAGGAUGAUUCGCACAAUUGAUGGCAUCAAUUCACAAAAACAGUGGUUGAAGUCGGAGGACAUUCAGAGAAUCUCGCUGUUCUUUCACAAUAAGACACUGGAAAAAGAGUACAGAGCGACGACUCUGCCAGCUUUCAAGUACUACGUCACCUGUGCCUCUCUCAUCUUCUUUUGCAUCUUCAUUGUGCAAGUUCUGGUCCUGCCAAAAACGACUGUCCUUGGUGUGUCCUUUGGAAUGGCCUUCCUCUUUCUAGCUUUGAUUCUCCUCAUUUGUUUUGCGGGCCAUAUACUGCAAUGGGGAAAAGCAGCUUCCUGCUCUCUGCCCUGGCUUCCGAGUUCGUCCAGGAUCAUUGCCAACAAGCCCUGGAUACGGCUCAUUCUCACCAUGACAACCACCGCGCUGAUCCUGGUCAUGGCCGUGUUCAACAUGUUCUUUUUAGAGGAUGACCGUAUGGUAACCGUAACCACUCCCAACAUCUCCAAUGAGAGUGUGUAUGACUUGAACGGUCAAAGCACGAAGUCAUCAGACAAAUUUUACCUGCCUUACUUCAUCUACAGUUGCAUUCUGGGUCUGGUGUCGUGCUCGGUGUUCCUGAGGAUAAAUUAUGAGCUGAAGAUGGUGAUCAUGCUGGCCGCCGUGGUGGCUUACAAUAUCAUUAUCCUCCAGACGCAUGCCUCAGUGCUGGACGACUACAGCACCGCCCUGUACAAAGCCAAGUCCCUGGACAGGCCUGGAGUGUUGAAAGACUUGAAGACAAUGGGCUCUGUGUCCCUUUUCAUAUUCUUCAUCACUUUGCUUGUGUUGGCAAGACAGAAUGAAUAUUACUGUAGGUUAGACUUUCUAUGGAGGAAUAAGUUCAAGAGGGAGUGUGAGGAGAUUGAGACCAUGGAGAACCUCAACCGAGUUCUCCUGGAGAACGUUCUACCUGCCCACGUGGCAGAACAUUUCCUGGCACGCAACUGGAAGAAUGAGGAUCUCUACCACCAGUCAUAUGACCUGGUGUGUGUCAUGUUCGCUUCCAUCCCCGACUUCAAGGAAUUCUAUACGGAAUCUGACGUGAACAAGGAGGGACUGGAGUGUCUCAGGCUCCUUAAUGAGAUUAUCGCAGACUUUGAUGAGUUGCUGUCUAAGCCCAAGUUCAGUGGAGUGGAGAAGAUUAAGACCAUUGGCAGUACUUACAUGGCUGCAACAGGACUGAAUGUGACUCCUGGGCCAGAGUAUGCACAGGAUCAUGACAGACAGUACAUGCACAUCGGCACAAUGGUGGAGUUUGCCUUUGCUCUGGUGGGGAAACUCGACGUUAUAAAUAAACACUCCUUUAACGACUUCAGAUUACGAGUGGGGAUAAAUCACGGGCCUGUCAUAGCAGGGGUGAUUGGAGCACAAAAGCCACAGUAUGAUAUUUGGGGCAACACUGUGAAUGUGGCCAGCAGGAUGGAGAGCACAGGGGUGCUGGGAAAAAUACAGGUGACAGAGGAGACAAGUCGGGUCCUGAAGACUUUGGGGUACAUGUGCUCUUGCCGAGGGAUUAUCAACGUAAAGGGGAAAGGGGAGCUCAAGACUUUCUUUGUCCACACUGAGAUGACUAGAUCCUUAUCACAAGGGAACGUCAUGCCUUGAACUUUACCCCAUAGACACACUCAGAGAUAUGUCUGUAGACGCCUACAGUUUCAAAGUGACUAUUCUCAUGAUAACGUCAAUGACCAUGCCAAAUACAUGCACACAAAGAAACACACAAGUCUUGUGGAAGGAGCACACAAAUGCCGCGAUGGACUCACAUCCAGAUCUAUCUGCUUCUCCGGCGCGACCUACAGGAGCACGAGGGGAUUUCAUUUGACCUACAUGCUGUGUUCAAGGACAGAUCCGAGUCGUUCUUUGGCGCUCAUAAGAGCGAACAGCUUUAUUUAUCUGAUAUGUUCUACAGUCUCGCAGUCUCUUUGUCACAUAAAGUGGUUGCAGCCUGGUUGUCAGGUGUUUUGUAAGAAAAUGACAGCAAAUCAACAGAAAAGUGUUUUUGUGUUUUGACAGCACCACUUUCUUAACCAUUAAAGAGUUUG